AUGACUAUGAGGACAAACAUGAGUGAAACGGUCUCAAUCCAAGGGAGGAACAUCAAAUGGACCAAUUUGGGAACCGGAAGAG